CCAUUGUUUGACAUUUGCUUUCGUCUUCAUCCGUAAUAUCUCGAGAUAAAAGAAAAAACAACCAAAAUUAUGUAAAAGUCUCGGCCGAAAGCGAAAGUGCUUAUUUUGGUUUCAAUCCAUUUUUCGUGAGAAAAAAAUCUUUUGUUUAAUUGGUACUUAGUAUGCCGGUCUGCUAACAAUCUAUUAUUAACGAUGGUAGCAGGUUAAUCUUUAAAUAUCGAAAAAAAACUAUACAUACAAAAAAAAUAUUUCGGGAAGGUGCAACGUAGCAGGAAUGCUCCCAACCAUUUUCGCUCAGUUAACGGGAAAGCUAAUUAUUCCCACCGGAAGUACAUCGUUGCUACUGCGUCAGACUUUCAAAAGACACUUCCGCAAGUGUGUUUGUUUAAGUCCGGCCCAACAUUAUGCUCAGAAAACAAACAACCGACAGCAGUGGUGGAUAACUGCACCACAUCAGAAUGUCCUGUUCUAUAAGCACUUUUCGUCUUCGCUGAAAAAGGAAGACUUCCCCAUAAAAUCCGUUGAAGGAGCAGAGAUCUUGCAUAAUGUUUUGGAAAAAAAUAAGCAGCUUCUCCAGGAGAAGAAAAAUGUUAUCAUUCAGGAUAUUCGAGAGCGAAAGGAUAAAGUCAAAGAACGAGUGGAGGAAGUAAUUGAGCGAGAGAACGUCGCAACAAUUCCGAACCUGCUGUGCGUCGGUCGUAUCAUCAUGUCCCCCUACCUGGGCUACGUAAUUGUGCAAUCGGAUUUUAGCCUCGCUAUGGGAAUGUUAAUUGUAGCGGGAUUAACCGAUCUUGCGGAUGGGUUUAUCGCUCGUCACUGGCCCAGUCAGGCUAGCCGGCUCGGAUCGUUUCUGGAUCCGCUGUCGGAUAAGAUUCUGGUCGGAACGCUGGUUAUUUCGAUGAGCUACGUGGGACUUCUUCCACUGUGGUUGUCCGGAAUGAUCCUGUUCCGUGAUGUGUUCCUGAUUGGGGCCGGUUUCGUGAUUCGCUAUAUUAGUCUACCUCAACCGCGCACACUGUCACGUUACUUCGACGUAACGCACGCUACCGCCCAACUGGCGCCGACUUUCACCAGCAAGAUUAACACUGCCGUACAACUUGCCACGGUGGCUUUUACUCUCGGAGCUCCGAUCUGGAGCUACGUGGAUCAUCCGUAUCUUCACGCACUGUGGUAUCUUACGGGGGUAACCACAGUGGCGGCCGCCCUCAGUUACAUUAUAAACAAGGACACCUACAAAAUACUGAAGACGCAGCAAACGAAACCAUAAAAGCAAAUUAAUGCUUUGUAAAUUUAAUCAUUUUUUAGUUCCAUCUUGAAAAGAAAUUAUUUUUGUUUUUGGAAACUGAUCGGGUCGAAAUUGUACAUAAAAUUGGGAUUAAUAAAGUUUACACUUUAAAUAUAGAA